AGUGUAUGUGCUACAAUCUAUUAAUUAUUCAUCGCACAACGACGCUCAAGUUGUGUAUAUGAAUUUUUUUGUGCGCCAAUACAGUAAAGUUUUAAAGUUUAUGACUGUAAUUUGAGGUGUGAGUAUUUAAAUAUAUACUUGUAAUUAAUAAUUAUACGGUAUAAUAGUUGAGUUAAGCAAAUGUUUGAUAAUCGAUUCGUAAGAUGGCUUAUCGAAUGAGGAAGAAAAUACUCAUUGAUCACGAUUUUGGCCGUUAUCCAGGAUUAGAAGUAGCGAAAGUUUACCGUUGAUGAAUGUUUAAGUUAUCACGCGUUAUUAUUAUUGACUGACUAUAUUUUAUUUGAUUAUCAAUGCGAUCUACGUACUAUAAAUACUUAUGGGGGUCACAAUCACAAUCAUGUUCAGUUUUUCUUUGACUACCAAACUGACAGGUAUCAGGAUGAAAUUAUUGUUGGUCAUAUCAUCUUGUUUGGUCAUUACCUCAGCUAUUCAAGUGGAUACGAAGGAUAAAAAUGAUAGUAAAUUUAUAAAGAAACACAAUAAACGUGGUGUGGUGAACUUGAGCUACGGAGUACCGCAGCAAGAUUAUCAUCAUUACCACAAUCAAUUACAUGAACACCAAGAGCCAGCACCAAUACAUGAACAUCCAUCGCCAGAUCAUCACUAUCCUGCGCAUCAAGAUCAUCAUUAUCCUGCGCACGAAGAUCAUCACCAGCAUCCUGUGCAUCAAGAUCAUCAAGAUCAUAUAUUAUUACCGCAACCUCAUCCUCAUCCAAUACAUCCAAUUCCAGUUCCUCAACCAGUACCAGUACCAGUCCAGCCAGUGGGAAUUCCCCAGCCAAUUCCAGUACAUCAGCCGGUUCCACAUCCGGUCCCAGUACCUGCACCAGUCCCCGUAGCAGUUCCUGUGGUUCAGACGGUAACGAAACACGUGGGUGUACCAUAUCCAGUCCACGUAGAUCGUCCAGUGCCAGUUCCGGUACCUGUAGCAGUUCCGAAACCUUAUCCUGUUCAUGUUGAAAAAAUAGUUCACGUCGACCGGCCUGUUCAUGUGCCAGUUCAUGUACCUGUGCAUGUUGAUCGUCCUGUCCCUGUUCCUGUUCCACGUCCGUACCCAGUACAUGUUGAAAAAAUAGUUAAUAAACCGUAUCCAGUACAUGUUGCAGUACCCGUUCAUGUACCGAAACCUUAUCCAGUACCUGUUGCUGUUCAGUAUAAAUAUAAUCAUGGAUGGUAAUCAUUUUUUUUAAAAAAUUGUAUAAAUAUUAUUGUUAUUUUAUUAUUGUAUUCUUAAUAUAUAUAUUGUUUUGUUAUAAAUAUCUUGUAUUUAUUUUUUUAUAAUUGAAUGUC